AUGGGAUCCGGAAGGAUGGGCAGGCUGGUGCUGGGCUGGGUGGCUGUGUGCUGGGCCACCCUGCACACAGCACAGGGCCAGGGGGAGGGAAACCUCCAGGCCAGCCGCUUCACGGGCCGCUUCGACGAGCGGGAGGCGCAGAGGGUCAGGAGGAGGGGCCAGGAGUCACUUCGGGGGCCCAAUGUCUGUGGAUCCCGGUUCCACUCCUACUGCUGCCCUGGCUGGAAGACGCUGCCAGGAGGAAACCAGUGCAUCGUCCCGAUCUGUCGGAACUCCUGCGGAGAGGGCUUCUGCUCCAGGCCCAACAUGUGCACCUGCUCCAACGGGCAGCUCUCCCCCAGCUGUGGGGCCAGCUCCGGAGUGCAGUCCUGUAACGUCCGCUGCAUGAACGGAGGAAGCUGCAGUGAGGACUCCUGCAACUGUCAGAAGGGGUACACAGGCACCCACUGUGGCCAGCCCGUGUGCGAGAGCGGAUGUCAAAAUGGAGGCCGCUGCAUCGGGCCCAACCGAUGCGCCUGUGUCUACGGUUUCACUGGCCCGCAGUGCGAGAGAGACUACCGGACCGGGCCGUGCUUCACUCAGGUGAAUAACCAGAUGUGCCAGGGUCAGCUGAGCGGCAUCGUCUGCACCAAGACGCUGUGCUGCGCCACGAUUGGCCGGGCCUGGGGCCACCCCUGCGAGAUGUGCCCCGCCCAGCCGCACCCCUGCCGCCGUGGCUUCAUCCCCAACAUCCGCAGCGGAGCCUGCCAGGAUGUGGACGAGUGCCAGGCCAUCCCGGGGCUGUGUUCAGGAGGGAACUGCAUCAACACGGUGGGCUCCUACGAGUGCAAAUGCCCCGCCGGACACCGGCAGAGCGAGAUCAACCAGAAGUGCGAGGAUAUCGACGAGUGCAGCACCAUCCCGGGCGUGUGCGACGGAGGCGAAUGCACCAACACGGCGGGGAGUUACGUCUGCACCUGUCCCCGCGGUUACAUCACCAGCGGCGAUGGUUCCAGAUGUGUCGACCAGCGAGUGGGGACCUGUUUCUCUGCCCUGGCGAACGGGCGGUGUGCGGGCGAUCUGCAGGCGCAGUUCACCAAAAUGCAGUGCUGCUGUGACACGGGCCGCUGCUGGGCCUUGGGGCAGAUCCCCGAGAUGUGCCCCGUCAGGGGAUCCGACGAGUACCGGCGUCUGUGUAUCGAGGGGGUGCCCUACGGGACAGGCAGCAACGGCGGCUUCCCCAUCGGCGGCGGGGGCGGGGGCGGCGGCGGCGGCUACGGCUACCACUUCAAACUGCCGCCCAACGGGAACGGCGGCGGCCACAACGGCAACGGUGGAGGCCUGGGAGGGAUCGGGGGAAACGGCCAUCUCAAUAUCGGCACGGCGACGCUGAACCAGACCAUCGACGUGUGCAAGCACUUCACCAACCUGUGUCUGAACGGCCGCUGCAUCCCCACGGCCCCCAGCUACCGCUGCGAGUGCAACAUGGGCUUCCGCCAAGACGUGCGCGGGGAGUGCAUCGAUGUCGACGAGUGUGUUAGCAACCCCUGUGUCAACGGAGACUGUGUCAACACUCCCGGAUCGUACCACUGCAAGUGUCACGAGGGCUUCCAGGGCACCUCUACCAAGCAAUCCUGCAUUGACAUCGACGAGUGCAUCUUCAACGGGGUGAUGUGUCGCAACGGACGCUGUGUCAACACCGACGGAAGCUUCCAGUGCAUCUGCAACGCUGGCUUCGAGCUCACGCCCGACGGCAAGAACUGCAUAGACCAUGAUGAAUGCGCCACCACCAACAUGUGUCUGAACGGGAUGUGCAUCAACGAAGACGGCAGCUUCAAGUGCAUCUGCAAGCCGGGCUUCGCCCUGGCGCCCAACGGCCGGUACUGCACAGACAUCGACGAGUGCCAGACACCAGGCAUCUGCAUGAACGGCCGCUGCAUCAACUCGGAGGGGUCCUUCCGCUGCGAGUGUCCGCCGGGCCUGGCCAUCGACGUGGACGGUCGCGUGUGCGUCGACACCCACAUGCGCACCACCUGCUACGGGGCCAUCAAGAUGGGCACCUGCUCGCGCCCCUUCCCCGGGGCCGUCACCAAGUCCGAGUGCUGCUGCGCCAACCCGGAGCACGGGUUCGGAGAGCCCUGCCAGCCCUGCCCCGCCCGCAACUCCGCCGAGUUCCAGGCAGUCUGCAGCAGUGGCAUCGGGAUCACGGCCGACGGGAGAGACAUUAACGAGUGCGCCCUGGACCCGGAGAUCUGUCCGAACGGGAUGUGCGAGAACCUGCGGGGGAGCUACCGCUGCAUCUGCAACAUCGGCUACGAGUCCGACACAAGCGGCAAAAACUGCAUGGAUAUCAACGAGUGCCUGGUGAACAGGCUGCUCUGUGACAACGGCUUCUGCAGGAACACGCCGGGGAGCUACUCCUGCUCCUGUCCCAAGGGCUUUGUCUUCAAGGCCGACUCUGAGACCUGUGAAGACGUCGACGAAUGCGAGUCCAGCCCCUGUGUCAACGGCGUGUGCCGAAACAUUGCCGGGUCCUUCAACUGCGAGUGUUCCCAUGGCAGCAAGCUGGAUUCUACCAACACCAUCUGCGUGGACAGCAUGAAGGGCACCUGCUGGCUGAACAUCCAAGAUGGCCGCUGCGAGGUGAACAUCAACGGCGCCACGCUGAAGUCGGAGUGCUGCUCCACGCUCGGGGCGGCCUGGGGGAGCCCCUGUGAGCGCUGCGAGAUCGAUACGGCCUGCUCCAGAGGGUUCGCUCGGAUGAAGGGGGUCAACUGUGAAGAUAUUAACGAGUGCGAGGUGUUCCCGGGCGUGUGCACCAACGGGCGCUGCGUGAACACCCAGGGGUCCUUCCGCUGCGAGUGCAAUGAGGGGCUCACCCUGGACGGGAGCGGACGCACCUGCGUGGACGUGCGUAGCGAGCAGUGCUACAUGAAGUGGCACGAGGACGACUGCGGGCAGCCGUUGCCGGGGCGAUACCGCGUGGACAUGUGCUGUUGCUCCGUGGGUGCGGCCUGGGGCAUCGACUGCGAGGAGUGCCCCAAACCGGGCUCCGCAGAGUACAAGGCCAUCUGCCCCCGGGGGCCCGGCUUCGCCAACCGGGGAGACAUCCUGACGGGCAGGCCCUUCUAUAAAGACGUGAACGAGUGCAAGGUGUUCCAGGGCCUGUGCUCCCACGGAACGUGCCGGAACACCAUCGGCAGCUUCAAGUGCCGCUGCAGCAGCGGCUUCGCCCUCACCAUGGAGGAGAGGAACUGCACAGACAUCGACGAGUGCCGGAUCUCCCCGGACCUGUGCGGCCACGGCACCUGCGUGAACACGCCCGGCAGCUUCGAGUGCGAGUGCUUCGACGGCUACGAGAGUGGCUUCAUGAUGAUGAAGAACUGCAUGGACAUCGACGAGUGCGAACGGGACCCCCUGCUGUGCCGCGGCGGGGCCUGCCUGAACACGGAGGGCAGCUACGAGUGCGACUGUCCUCCCGGGCACCAGCUCAGCCCCGAGGGGUCGUCCUGCGAGGAUGUGAACGAGUGCCUGCUGAGCGAUAACCUGUGCAGGAACGGCAAGUGCGUGAACCUGGUGGGCACGUACCAGUGCACCUGCGACACAGGCUACCAGGGCACCCCCGACCGGCAGGGCUGCGUGGACAUCGACGAGUGCACCAUCAUGAACGGCGGCUGCGACACGCACUGCACCAACUCGGAGGGCAGCUACGAGUGCAGCUGCAGCGAAGGCUACGCGCUGAUGCCCGACCUCCGGACCUGCGCGGACAUCGACGAGUGUGAGGACACCCCGGAUAUCUGCGACGGUGGCCAGUGCACCAACAUCCCCGGGGAGUACCGCUGCCUGUGCUUCGAUGGCUUCAUGGCCUCCAUGGACAUGAGGACCUGCAUCGAUGUGAACGAGUGCGACCUGAACCCCAACAUCUGCCUGCACGGGGACUGUGAGAACACCAAGGGCUCCUUCAUCUGCCACUGCCAGCUGGGCUACUUCGUUAAGAAGGGCUCCACGGGCUGCACAGACGUGGACGAGUGUGAGAUCGGGGCGCACAACUGUGACCUGCACGCCGCCUGCGUCAACGUUCCCGGGAGCUUCAAGUGCCGCUGUCGAGAAGGCUGGGUGGGCGACGGCAUCAAGUGUGUGGAUCUGGACGAGUGCUCGGCGGAGGAGCACAGCUGCCACCCCAACGCCGACUGCGUCAACACCCCCGGCUCGUACCGCUGCACCUGCAAGGAGGGCUUCAACGGAGACGGCUUCGGCUGCUCAGACAUGGACGAGUGCGCGGACAACGUGAACCUGUGUGAGAACGGCCAGUGCCUGAACGCGCCGGGCGGAUACCGCUGCGAGUGUGAGAUGGGCUUCACCCCGACCGAGGACACCAAGGCCUGCCAGGACAUCGACGAGUGUAACUUCCAGAACAUCUGCGUGUUCGGGACCUGCCAGAACCUGCCGGGGAUGUUCCGCUGCGUGUGCGACGACGGCUACGAGCUGGAUCGCAGCGGCGGCAACUGCACAGAUGUGAACGAAUGUGCGGAUCCGGUGAACUGCAUCAACGGACACUGUGUGAACAUGCCGGGGGGUUACCUCUGCAACUGCCCCCCAGACUUCGAGCUCAACCCCACCGGCGUGGGCUGUGUGGACACCCGGAUAGGAAACUGCUUCCUGGACACGCUGGCUCGAGGAGACGGGGGGAUCUCGUGCAGCGCGGAGAUCGGUGUCGGGGUCACCCGGGCGUCCUGCUGCUGCUCUCUGGGGGGAGCCUGGGGGAACCCCUGCGAACUGUGCCCGCUGGUCAACUCCACUGAGUACAAGACCCUGUGUCCCGGAGGAGAAGGGUUCAGGCCCAACCCCAUCACCGUCAUCCUGGAGGAUAUCGACGAGUGCCAGGAGCUGCCGGGUCUGUGCCAGGGCGGAAACUGCAUCAACACUUUCGGCAGCUUCCAGUGCGAGUGCCCCGCCGGGUACUACCUGAACGAGGACACCCGCAUCUGCGAGGAUAUCGAUGAGUGCACAGCCCACGUCGGUAUCUGCGGCCCCGGCACCUGCUACAACACGCUGGGCAACUACACCUGCGUCUGCCCCCCGGAGUACAUGCAGGUGAACGGCGGGAACAACUGCAUGGACAUGAGGAAGAGCGUGUGCUACCGCAACUUCAACGACACCUGCGAGAACGAGCUGUCCUUCAACAUGACCAAGAAGAUGUGCUGCUGCGCCUACAACGUGGGCAAGGCCUGGAACAAGCCCUGCGAGGCCUGCCCCACCCCUGCCACCUCGGAGUACCAGCGUCUGUGCGGCAACCAGGCCCCUGGGUUCAUCAUCGACAUCCACACGGGAAAGCCUAUUGAUAUCGACGAGUGCCGCGAGAUCCCGGGCAUCUGCGCUAACGGCGUCUGCAUCAACCAGAUCGGGAGCUUCCGCUGCGAGUGUCCCAUGGGCUUCAGCUACAACAACAUCCUGCUCAUCUGCGAAGACAUCGACGAGUGCAACAGCGGGGACAACCUGUGCCAGCGGAACGCCAACUGUAUAAACAUCCCCGGCAGCUACCGCUGCGAGUGUUCGCCCGGGUUCAAGCUCUCCCCCAGCGGCGCCUGCGUGGACCGGAACGAGUGCCAGGAGAUCCCCAACGUGUGCAGUCACGGGGAGUGCAUCGACACGCAGGGCAGCUUCCGCUGCAUCUGCCACAACGGCUUCAAGGCCACGGCCGACCAGACCAUGUGCAUGGACAUUGACGAGUGCGACCGGCAGCCGUGCGGGAACGGCACCUGUAAGAACACGGUGGGCUCCUACAACUGCCUGUGUUUCCCUGGCUUCCAGCUCACACACAACAACGACUGCAUGGACGUGGACGAGUGCUCAGCGCUGGUUGGGCAGGUGUGCAGACACGGCCAGUGCAUCAACAGCCUGGGCUCCUUCCAGUGCCUGUGUAACGAGGGCUACGAGCACACCUCUGACAAGAAGAACUGCCUCGACACUAACGAGUGCAUCAGCCUCCCGGGGACCUGCUCUCCAGGGACCUGUCAGAACCUGGACGGGUCCUUCCGCUGCAUCUGUCCUCCUGGCUUCGCUGUACACAACGACCAGUGCAUUGACAUCAACGAGUGCGACGUGGAGCCCAACCUCUGCCAGUUCGGCACCUGCGCCAACACGGCGGGCAGCUUCCAGUGCAUCUGCCAGCCCGGCUUCAUCCUGUCCGACAACGGCCGCCGCUGCUUCGAUACCCGCGAGAGCUUCUGCUUCACGCGCUUCGAGGCGGGAAAGUGCUCCAUCCCCAAAGCCUCCAACACCACCAAGGCCAAGUGCUGCUGCAGCAAGAUGCCCGGGGAGGGCUGGGGGGACCCCUGUGAACUGUGCCCCGGGGAGGAGGAGACUGCCUUCGAGAGCCUCUGUCCGUACGGUCACGGGGCUCUGCCGGGCCCAGGGGAGGGUCGUGAAGAUAUGAACGAGUGUCUGGACAACCCGGGGAUCUGUGUGAACGGCAUGUGCAUCAACACCGACGGCUCGUUCCGCUGCGAGUGUCCGUUCGGCUACAACCUGGACUACACCGGAGUCAACUGUGUCGACGCGGACGAGUGCUCCAUCGGGAACCCCUGCGGUAACGGGACCUGCACCAACGUGGUGGGGGGCUUCGAGUGCGCCUGCCAGGAGGGCUUCGAGCCCGGCUCCAUGAUGACCUGCGAAGAUGUAAACGAAUGUGCCCAGAACCCCCUGCUCUGUGCCUUCCGCUGCGUCAACACCUUCGGCUCGUACGAGUGCACCUGUCCGUCGGGCUACGUGCUGCGCGACGAUCACAAGAUGUGCAGAGACCAGGACGAGUGUUCAGACGGGCUGGACGACUGCGAGUCCAAGGGCAUGACCUGCAAGAACCUGAUCGGCACCUUCAUGUGCAUCUGCCCCCCGGGCAUGCAGAGGAGGCCCGACGGAGAGGGCUGCAUGGACCUUAACGAGUGUCGCAGCAAGCCUGGCAUCUGCAAGAACGGGCGCUGCGUCAACAUGGUGGGCAGCUACCGCUGCGAGUGCAACGAGGGCUUCCAGGCCAGCUCCACCGGCACCGAGUGCAUCGACAACAGACAGGGCUUCUGCUUCACGGAGGUGCUGCAGACCAUGUGCCAGCAGUCCUCCACCAACCGCAACAGCGUCACCAAGUCCGAGUGCUGCUGUAACGGCGGGCGAGGCUGGGGCCCGCACUGUGAGCUCUGCCCCCUGCCCGGCACCGUGCAGUACAAGAGGAUGUGCCCCCUGGGGCCCGGCUACACCACCGACGGCAGGGAUAUCAACGAGUGUCAGGUGAUGCCCAACCUUUGUAAGAAUGGCCAGUGUGUCAACAGCAUUGGGUCGUUCCGCUGCCACUGUAACACCGGCUACACCACGGACUUCACCAGAACAUCCUGCGUUGACAUGGACGAGUGCGCCCAGUCUCCCAAGCCCUGCAACUUCCUGUGCAAGAACACAGAGGGCAGCUACCUGUGCUCCUGCCCCAGAGGCUACAUCCUGCAGCCAGACGGCAAGACCUGCAAAGACCUGGACGAGUGCUCCACCAAGCAGCACAACUGCCAGUUCCUGUGUGUCAACACCAUCGGCGGCUUCACCUGCAAGUGUCCCUCGGGCUUCACCCAGCACCAGACCGCCUGCAUCGACAAUAACGAGUGCCAAAGCCAGCCCACCCUGUGCGGCUCCAGAGCCUCCUGCCUCAACACCCCCGGCAGCUUCAACUGCGAGUGCGAGAAGGGCUUCAACCUGGACACCACAGGGGUGGAGUGCGAGGAUGUGGAUGAGUGUGGCGGUAACCACCGCUGUCAGCACGGUUGCCAGAACAUGAUGGGGGGAUUCCGCUGUGGCUGCCCCCAGGGAUAUGUGCAACACUACCAGUGGAACCAGUGCGUGGACGAGAACGAGUGCAGCGGCAACCAGCUGUGCGGCUCGGCCUCGUGCUACAACACGCUGGGCAGCUACAAGUGCGUGUGCCCGUCGGGCUUCGACUUUGAGCAGUCGGCCGGGUCCUGCCAGGACGUGAACGAGUGCUCCAUGAACAACAACCCCUGCAGCUUCGGCUGCUCCAACACGGACGGAGGCUACCUGUGCGGCUGCCCCGGGGGCUACUACCGAGCAGGACAGGGUCACUGCAUCACGGGCAUGGGCUUCCAGGGCCAGUACAGCCCCGGCGCUGAGGGAGAGGACGAGGACGCCCUGUCCCCCGAGGCCUGCUACGAGUGCAAGAUCAACGGCAACGCCGGCAAGGGCUCCCGCCACAGACGCAACAGCGAUGACAACGAGCUGCAGCCGUCGGUCAGCAUGGCCAGCGUGGACACGCAGUCGUCCAUCCCCAUGAACCUGAGCCUGGCGGCGCUGCUGAACAAGGAGCCCCUGCUGGAGCUGCUGCCGGCGCUGGAGCCCCUGGAGCACCACGUGCGCUACGUCAUCACCCACGGCAACCAGGGCGAGCACUUCCGCCUGCUGGAGCGCCGGGACGGGAAGAGCGUCCUGAGGCUGGGCCGCAAGCCGCCGCCCGCCGGCGCGUACCGGCUGGAGAUCGCCAGCCUGCCCCUGUUCGGCCCGCGCAAGCUGCGGCAGCUGGAGGACCAGCACGACGGCGACUACCUGCUGGGCGAGAUCGGGGACGCCCUGCGCAUCAAGCUGCACAUCCACCUGCACUGAGCGCCGCCCGCCCUGCGCCCCCCGCCCCCCGCGCCCCGCCCCGCCCCGCCCGCCCGCCCGCCGCCCCCUAGAGCU